AUGGCUUCGGGGACUGGUCGAAAUAUCGACGCCUCCAGAACGGAGUCGGAUCUUGCCAUCAACAUCCGGAAAGCCACAAGCAUCGAAGAGACUGCCCCCAAGAGAAAGCACGUUCGAUCAUGCAUCGUCUACACCUGGGACAACAAGAGCUCUCUGUCCUUCUGGGCGGGCAUGAAGGUCCAGCCUGUCAUGGCUGAUGAGAUCCAGACCUUCAAAGCGCUCAUCACUGUCCAUAAGAUCCUGCAAGAAGGUCAUCCGGUAACCGUGAAAGAGGCGCAACAAAAUGUCAACUGGAUCGAGUCACUUGCACGGGGCGUGAUGGGGGAAGGCCUGCGAGGCUACGGUCCGCUGAUCCGCGAAUACGUUUUCUUUCUGCUCGCCAAACUCACCUUCCACCGUCAGCAUCCUGAGUUCAACGGUCUUUUCGAAUACGAAGAAUAUAUCAGUCUUAAGUCCAUCAACGAUCCCAAUGAAGGGUACGAGACCAUCUCCGAUCUGAUGACCCUGCAAGACCAGAUUGACACAUUUCAAAAGUUGAUCUUCUCACAUUUCCGUGGUGGAAACAACAAUGAAUGUCGGAUUGCGGCCCUUGUACCACUGGUCCAGGAAAGUUAUGGCAUCUACAAGUUCAUCACGAGUAUGCUCCGAGCCAUGCACACCACUACUGGCGAUGACGAGGCACUAGAGCCACUAAGAAGUCGUUACGACGGUCAGCAUUACCGCCUGGUGAAAUUCUAUUACGAAUGCUCGAAUUUGCGCUAUCUCACAAGUCUGAUCACUGUCCCGAAGCUACCGCAAGACCCACCGAAUCUCCUCGCUGAAGACGAGGAUAAACCUGCCUUGCCGCGCCGACCAGCCAAGGAAAUAGAGGCAGCACCGUCACCAGCCCCGCGUACAGAGACUAACGACCCGAAAGACAUGGAAGACUUCUGGUCAAGAGAAGCACAAAGGCAACAGGACGAAUAUGAGGCCGAGCAAAGAAGGCUUCAGCAACAGUGGGAAGAUCAGCAGCGGCAGCAAAUGAUGGCUCAGCAGCAAGCUCAGCGCGAUUUCGAGGAUCAACAACGGCAGCAAGCUGAGCAGCAAAGGCUGGCGCAAGAACAGCUCAUGCGCGAUCAGAUGGCAGCACAGACGCAAGGCAGGAUGGCUGAGCUGGAGAGAGAAAAUCUGAAUGCUCGUGCGCAAUAUGAGCGAGACCAGUUGAUGCUCCAACAGUACGAUCAGAGGAUGAAAGCGCUGGAAGAACAGUUGAACCAGCUUAAUCACAACUUCCAGAUGCAAAACCAAUCAAAGGACGACCAGCUUUCGGCACUACAGGAGCAGGUCAAUACUUGGCGCUCCAAGUACGAAGCGCUCGCUAAGCUGUACUCUCAACUCCGGCAAGAGCAUCUCGAUUUACUUCAGACCACCAAAUCUCUGAAGCUCAAGGCGGCAUCGGCUCAGGAGGCCAUCGAUAGACGCGAACGUUUGGAAAGAGAGAUGAAGACGAAGAACCUGGAACUCGCUGAUAUGAUCCGAGAACGCGAUCGAGCUUUGCACGAAAAGGACCGUUUCUCUGGCACGCAUCGCGAAGAGCUUGAGAAGUUGAAGCGAGAAUUACGCUUCGCAAUCGAGCGGGCUGAAGAUGCUGAACGUGCCAAAGGUUCUGAGCUGUCCUCGAUGCUGUCCAAGUACAAUCGUGAAAUGGCAGACCUCGAGGAAUCUCUUCGGAGCAAGACACGACAGCUUGAGGCCAUCAAAUCAACACACAGCGAGCGCAAUGGUGACCACGAAGCCACACUGCGUGAGAAGGAUGAUGAAAUUGAGAUUUACAAGUCUGGCAUGGAGCAGGCUCUUGAGGAACUGGAAGAAUUGAAAUUAGGCAACGGCGAGACCGAUGGUGCACUCGACGGCGCGAUUGACGAGGUCAUUAAGUCCAACGUCAACAAAAUCCAGGACAUCAUCGACUCCGUGCUUCAAAGCGGUGUUCAACGUGUGGACGAUGCUAUGUAUGAGCUCGAUUCACCAAUGCAGGCUGGAAAUCAAAAUGCUACAGCACCGUACGUUUUGUCGCAAGUCGAGAAAGCGUCCUCAAGUGCAACCGAAUUCUCCACUGCCUUCAACAACUUUAUCGCUGACGGGCCAAACAGCCCACAUGCCGACAUAAUUCGGACCGUCUCCGUUUUCGCGGCCUCGAUCGCGGAUGUCUUAUCCAAUACAAAGGGCCUCACACGAUUUGCAACAGAAGAGAAAAAGGGAGACCAGUUAACCGAUGCAGCUCGACAAUCUGCACUUUCGACAAUCAACUUCUUCCGCAGCUUGCAGUCCUUUCGUCUCGAAGGAUUGGAACCCAUGCAAAAGAGCGAUGUCGUCAUCAACAGCAACCAUGAUGUUCUCAUGAAACUGCAGAGGCUCUCUAAGCUUGCAGAUGCCUUUGCUCCUAAGGGAACGAAGCUGAGCACGACCGGAGAUCUUGGAGAUUUGGUGGACUCUGAACUGACGAAGGCUGCGAAUGCGAUCGAGGCGGCAGCUCAGCGACUUGCCAAAAUGAAAAGCAAGCCACGGGACGGCUUUUCGACUUUCGAGCUUCGCAUCAACGAUGCGAUUCUGGACGCCGCAGUGGCCGUGACAAACGCCAUCGCCCAAUUGAUCAAAGCGGCGACUGAAUCACAAACCGAGAUCGUCCGAGAGGGUCGUGGCUCGUCAUCAAGGACUGCCUUCUAUAAGAAGAACAAUCGCUGGACUGAAGGCCUAAUCUCAGCGGCCAAAGCGGUUGCGACCUCAACGAAUACCUUGAUUGAGACUGCCGAUGGAGUUAUUUCGGGGCGUAACAGCCCGGAGCAGCUGAUAGUAGCUUCCAAUGACGUUGCUGCUAGCACUGCUCAGUUGGUAGCGGCAAGCCGUGUCAAAGCCACGUUCAUGUCCAAGACGCAGGAUCGCCUGGAGCAAGCCAGCCGAGCAGUAGGAACGGCCUGUCGGGCACUUGUGAGGCAGGUUCAAGAUAUCAUCAAGCAAAAGCAGCGUGACGACGGUGAGAGUGUCGACUAUACUUCACUCAGUGGUCAUGAAUUCAAGGUCAGGGAAAUGGAGCAACAGGUCGAGAUCUUACAGCUGCGUAACGCUCUGGAAGCGGCAACGGCACGGUUGGGCGAAAUGAGGAAGAUCUCAUACCGGGAGGACUAG